AUGUUCCUAAAGCCGAAGGGCAAUGGCAAGAAUAAUAAAGACGACGUCCUGUCCGUGUCACAGCCCGCAAAACGUCCACGGAGGAUGCUUUCGAUUGCAAAUCUUCGAGGGAACAACCUUGACUCUGACAAUGGUCAGUUUGAAGCUUCAUUCGCGAUGGUUCUCCCUCACUAUGCUCCAUACCGACAUCUGAGACUCGAUAUUAGGCCGCGGGAGACCCUCAAUCCCUCAGCGCUUUAUCAAAAUACCCCCCGUCACAGGGCGACAGAAGCAGAAUAA